CCGCCGCCGCCUUCCCACGCCCGCAGCCGCCGCCGCCGCCGGGCCCGCACGCGCCGCCCGGUACCACCCGGGGCCCCCCCGGCGGGGCGGGGGGGCCAUGGAGCCCCGGGGCCGGUAGCCACGGCCUGGCGCCAGGAGAAGAGAGAGGAGCCAGGACACCCCUCCACCCAUGGCCCCCCCUCCCCCUUCCCUGCCCGUCCCUCCCGUACCGCGGGCACCGCGGCGGGGGCCACCGGGGCUGCUGACCGCCGUGGCCACCAUCACCCUGCUGGCCAUCGCCACCCGCGGCGGCGCCUGCCCGGCCGUUUGCCGCUGCUCGGGCGGCCGCGUUUACUGCAACGACCGCGGGCUGACGGCCGUGCCCGAGGGGCUCCCGCCCGGGGCCACCACGCUGUUCCUGCAGAACAACCGCAUCGGCGACGCGGGGAUCCCGGCGCGGCUGGGCCGGCUGCCGGCGCUGCGGGUGCUGUACCUGUACGCCAACGCGCUGGAGCAGCUGCCCGCUCACCUGCCGCCCGCGCUGCGGGAGCUGCACCUGCAGGAGAACAACGUGCGCGGGCUGUGCCGCCGGGCGCUGGCCCGGGCGCCGCUGCUCGAGCGGCUGCACCUGGACGAUAACUCGGUGUCGGCGGCCGGUAUCGAGGAGGACGCGUUCGCCGAGAACCGCCGGCUGCGCCUCCUCUUCCUCUCGCGCAACCACCUGAGCAGCGUCCCCGCGGGGCUGCCGCCGGCGCUGGAGGAGCUGCGGCUGGACGACAACCGCAUCCACACCAUCCCCCUGCGCGCCUUCGAGGGGCUGCCCGCGCUGCGGCGCCUGGUGCUGGACGGGAACCUGCUGGCGAACCAGCGCAUGGCCGACGACACCUUCAGCCGCCUGGGCAACCUCAGCGAGCUCUCGCUCGGCCGCAACGCGCUGGCGGCUCCGCCGGCCAACCUGCCCCGGGCUCGGCUCCGCCGCCUCUCGCUGGCCGCCAACGCCAUCAGCCACGUGCCGGCCGGAGCGCUGGCCAGGAUGAGGGCGCUGGAGCGGCUGGACCUGUCGGACAACAACCUGACCACGCUGCCCAGGGGGCUCUUCGACGACCUGGGCAGCCUGAGCCACCUGGGGCUGCGGAACAACCCCUGGUUCUGCGGCUGCAACCUGGCGUGGCUGCGGGACUGGCUGCGGCGCCGCGCCCCGCCGCGCCUGGAGGUGCGGGGCUUGCUGUGCCAGGCCCCGGCGCGGCUGCGGGGGCUGCCGGUGGGCGAGCUGCGGGGCGAGAUGGACGCGUGCGACAGCGCGGCCCCUGCCCCGGCCCCGGCGGCGGGGGGAGGAACGGGAGGGGGCGCGUCCCCCGCUGUCGCCGCCGUGUCGCCCGCCGUCGCCGUGUCGCCGGGAGGAGCCGCCGCCGCCACGCCGGGGCUGUGGGUGCAGGCGGCGCCGGGAGGGGCCCUGCGGGUCCGGUGGCCGCCGGCUCCUCCCGGGGCGUCGCUGAGGCUGAGCUGGCUGCGGCCCGGGGGGGGAGCCGUGACCGAGACCUUGGUGCGGGGCGAGCGCGGCGAGUACGUGGUGCGGGCUCUGCAGCCCCGAGCCCCGUACCGGGUGUGUCUGGCCGCCCUGGAGCCCCCCGCCGCUCCCCCGCUCUGUGCCCAGGCCCGGGCGGGGGCCGGGGACCCCCCCCAGGCCGCCCCUCCCGGUGAUGCCGCCCCCCCCGCGCUCCCCCCGGCGGCGGCGCUGGGGGCGGCGGCGGCGGCGGCGCCGCUGCGCGCCCCCGAGGAGGGGGGGAUCCGCACCGUGUACCCCCCCCCGCCCCCACCGCCCCCGCUGCCCCCCCCCGGCGUGCGGGGCUACCGGGGGGGGCAGGUGCCCCAUGCGCCGCUCGCAGCCAAUGGGAGAAGGGGAAAUUUCCAGAAGUCCCAGCGGAGCCCAACCAAUGAGCUCCCAGCGCCGGGAGGCUCCACCAAUGGGAAGGCGCGGGGGCGGGCGCUGCUGCCGGCUUCCGCCGGGGGCGGGUCCGGGAGGGGGCGGGCCCCGCUGCGAGCAGCAGCCAAUGGGAAGGCGGCAACGCGGGGCCGCAGCCAAUAG